AGCUGAUCGAACUGCUGCGCUUGCGCAAUUAAAUCAUAACAAUAAUUCAGAGUUAUGUUAAAAGUGUUAAAUUUAACAUUAUAAAAAAAUACAUAAAAUUGGUGAAAUUAAAGUUUAUAAUCAUGAAUGUCGUUCCCGGAACUGCAUCUCUUCUUGAAGAAUUAGACAAAAAACUCAUGGUAUUGUUGCGAGAUGGUAGAACUUUAAUUGGAUAUCUCAGGAGUGUUGAUCAAUUUGCUAAUUUAGUUCUACAUCGAACAAUAGAAAGAAUUCAUGUAGGUAAAGAAUAUGGAGAUAUUCCACGAGGAGUCUUCAUAGUCAGAGGUGAAAAUGUAGUUCUUCUAGGAGAAAUUGAUAGAGAAAAAGAAAAGGACCUACCUCUUUCGGAAGUUUCAGUAGAUGACAUUUUGGAUGCACAAAGACGGGAGCAAGAAAUGAAACAGGACCAAGAACGUUUAAUGAACAAAGCCUUAAAGGAACGAGGUCUUUCUUAUAUUCCGGAUUUAGGCCAUGAUGAUAUGUUUUAACUAUAAUCUCCCUAGUUUUUCGAUUCUUUUUUUUUUAUAUAAUUAACAAAAAAUUCUUGAAUAACAUUUAUUUAUUUUUCAUUUGCUUCAAGUUAUACUUUUAGUUAAUUGAGAAAUGUCAAAUUCAUGAAAUACUUGACUUUAUUUAGAUUUAUAUUUUGACACGUGUAAAUAUACAUACUUUUUCUAUGAUUCAAUAACAAUUUUUUUUUGCAAGA